GCGGAAGUUACUUAAAAAGAGUAGGUUGCCUCCCAUAAAAUUCGACGAUAUAUCCACGAACUUUGUCUUUGGUCGAAGCAAUCAGUCUCUAUUUAAAAAAUGCCGAAAGUAAAAAGAAGUAGAAAGCCUCCACCGGAAGGAUGGGAACUUAUAGAACCCACACUGGAUGAACUGGACCAGAAAAUGAGAGAAGCUGAAACGGAACCUCAUGAAGGAAAACGAAAGGUGGAAGGCUUGUGGCCAGUCUUCAGGCUGCACCACCAGAAAUCACGAUAUAUCUUUGACCUCUUCUACAGGCGGAAAGCAAUUAGCAGAGAAUUGUACGAAUACUGUCUGAAAGAAAAUAUUGCGGACAAAAAUCUGAUUGCAAAGUGGAAGAAACAGGGGUAUGAAAACCUUUGCUGUCUACGCUGCAUCCAGACUCGUGACACAAACUUUGGUACAAACUGUGUAUGCCGCGUUCCAAAGGCAAAACUGGAAACUGGCAAGAUUGUGGAAUGUGUGCAUUGUGGGUGUCGUGGAUGUUCAGGGUGAAGGAUGCAUCUAUUACCAUUGAAGAUGAUAGACGUGUUACUGUGACUUUAGUUUCAUAUUUACAUAACAUGGCCAUUUUCAUUGGUAUAUAAAAUCAUUUUUGAUCAUUUGCACUUGACUUUGCCUAAUGCAACAUACACCCACAAAAGAAUUAUACUAGUAAUACAGGUGCAUUAUUUAUUUGUGUCACUCAAGCAAUAAACGAAAGUAUUUAAAUUCACAAACAUGCCCAUAUCCAAUUUCUGCCACUCAAAACCUAGCAUAGCAUACAAUCAUAUAAAGUCAAGUGCUUAGACCUUAAAAUGGCUUCUCUCUGUUCUCCCCAUAAAAUAAAGCAACAGCACUGUUGAAGAAAAAUCUUAAAUUUGAUGACUCUUCUGUUUAGGUAAUAAAAGCUGGUGAUUGAAAUUUUUUUUAUAUUUUGAUACUCGAAAAUCACAUUGUUUGCUCACUUUUCUUUUGAGAUUAGAAACACAAAACAAGAAGUAUAACCAUUAAAAAGAAUAAUCAGUAGCAGCACCUUUUAAAUGGAUAACUGGAAUGCCUGUUACCAGCAAAGUAAUGGUAUGCUUUUUGGGAGUCUAAUUUUGGUCAGUGCUACAACCCUGGCUUAGUGAUUUGGUCUUAGGCCUGCUGCCUUUGUUAUGGGUCAUGUACAUAAUAGUGCGAAGGAAUGUUAUAUAUGCCUGUGCUAUUUUACACGUUUAGAAGGCUUUCUGUUGUUUUCAAAUGCAUCACAAGAUUAUUAGUCAGUUCAUUUACUGCUUCAAGAAAUGUUGGUCACAAGUAGAAAGAGCUAUGUUGGAUUUUAUGUCUUUUAAUUCUGCAAGCAAAAAAGAACAUUCAAGACAAUUAAAGUUAACCAAACCUGAA